AGCCGUGGCUCCAGGCUUUUACUGACUGUCACUUGUUGGGCUGAACGCCUCACUGAGAGCUGACAGACUCGUCGGCUACACGUGAUGGUUGGUGCGCGUCACCGAAGCGCUGUCGCUCGCCUGGAGACCGGAGCAGGGCUGACUGACAUUGCAUGUAGCAGCUGUAAAUAAAGAAUAAAAAAAACCCUCCAAAGUACCGAGGAACCGAUGAGCCAGACAGCAUCUGCUUCAUUAAUUCCAGUUGCUGUCAUUCAUUCGCUGAGUUGUCUGUUGGGCUGUUUUGCGCUGCUUUUCUUGUAGAUUUGAUUUGCCAAGUAAAAAAAAAAAAAAAAAAAAAAAAAAAAAAAGAAGGGAAAGCAAAAAACAUGGCUGGUUUAAUGGCAGGUUUUGGUCAUUACACCCACGCCGUCGUCCGGGGAAUCCCCACGUCCCUGGUUCGAGACGCGCUCCGGAGCAGCCAGGCGGACGUGGACCUGGCCAAGGCGCACGGGGAACACGAGGCGUACGUGGAGGUCCUGAGGACGAGGCUCGGGCUGGAGGUGGUCGAGCUUCCCGCGGACGAGACGCUCCCGGACUGCGUGUUCGUGGAGGACGCGGCGGUGGUGUGCGGUGACACGGCGCUCAUCACCAGACCCGGCGCAGAGAGCAGAAGGGGAGAGACGGAUGCAAUGAAGGCAGCUCUGAAGAACCUGAAUCUGAACAUUGUGGAGAUGACUGAUGAGAACGCCACACUGGAUGGAGGAGAUGUGCUUUUUACAGGUCGGGAAUUUUUUGUGGGCCUUUCCAAACGGACCAAUCAGAGAGGAGCAGAGAUUCUAGCAGAUGCCUUUAAGGACUAUGCUGUGUCUACUGUGCCUGUGCUGGAGGGGCUGCAUCUGAAGAGCUUCUGCAGCAUGGGGGGGCCAGGCCUUAUUGUCAUCGGCUCCAGUGAACCUGCCCAGAAAGCCCUCAAAAUCAUGCAGCAAAUGAGUGACCAUCGUUACGACAAACUGACGGUGCCUGACGAUAUUGCUGCCAACUGCAUCUACAUGAAUCUGCCCAAUAAGGGUCAUGUGCUUCUGCAUUGCACAGCAGAGGAGUUUCCUGAGAGCGUAAAGGUGUUUGAGAAGCUGAAGGACCACAUGCUGAUCCCUGUGUCCAACCAGGAGAAGGUCAAAGUGGACGGAGCCCUCACAUGCUGCUCUGUACUCAUCAACAAGAAGGCCAACAUCUGAGCAUGCUCACAAGGGGGGGGGGGGGGGGGGGGGGGGGGGUUCUCUUAAGUGCAUGGUUCUGUAACUAAACAGAACCUGUAUUUGAUCCCUGAGAAUCCUAUCUUGGCACUAUAGGAAAGUUUGAUAUUGCAGAUAGGCAAAGAAUAAAUUAAAUGGGUGAGAAUCAUCCCAAAUGUUUAAUUAAAAUACAGUGAAAUGUCUUAAAAUGUAUGGAUAGAUCUAGUUUGAUCUGUAUCUGUUAAUUUGCUACAGAACUAACUACUGUAAAAAUUUGAAAAUCACAGAGCUUUUUUUUUUUAUUAUUACUAAUUAAUUUCCCAUAUUUGAGCCAUAAUUAUUUGUAUUACAGUACUUGAUGAUUUACAAUUAGUAUAAGAGCAAAUAAACUAUAAUUUACAUGAACUACAAAUCAGAUUUCAUCCAAAUUCAGUGGUGGCUGGUGCUAAACAUGACUGGGGGGUGUCAGAGAAUAAGAACAGAGUUAUGAAUUGGUUUAAAGGGUUGUAUUUUUUAUGCCAGUCAGAUGGUUAUGUGCGCGUCAUUAGACUUGGAUUUUAAUGUUUGAUAAGCGACUUCACGUUCAAGAGGGAAUCAGAUCACAGACUCCCAGGUGACAGCCUCGCGACCUACCCACUCAACCACAGAAUAGUUGUAUUAAUGGAGCAUUUGUCUCAUAUUCUGUUACUUUGCAGCCCCUGUGUAAAACAGAGGUGGAGACAACUUAACAGGACAUAUAUGUGUUAUUUGUGACAUUUGGUGGAGGUUAAUUGGGGAUUUUACAUUCAUUCUGCUCUUUAAAAAGUCUUACCCGAGGCAGCUUGGCAACUCAGCACAAAAAUAUCCAAUUAUAUGAGGACAAGACAAUGAAAAUAAUUCUGCUUGAGAUGAUGAGGCUGACACCCUGUGACUAGGAAGUGAACAUAUUCCCACAGAAAUUAAACAAAUACAGGUAAAAAUAGUUUUUGCAAUAAUUGAACUUAACUGGAGGGCACAAGAAAAUUAAUAUAGUAUAAUUUUUUUUUUCUUUUUUUGACAUUCCUAUAAUUAACAAGUUUAGUUCAAGUCCUUUUAAGUAUAGGCAGCACCACAGCACCUCCUAUGGACCAGCUACCACUGCUUCCAAACUAAUUUCAGUCAUGUCAUGUUGAGUCUCCUUUGAUCCUGAGGAGCUCCUGCUGCUAGCACAUAGAUUAUUAAACUGUUUUGCUCGCUGUGAAAAAGAACCACAUAGAAUAGAGCACCAGACCGAGAAAUCCAGUCUAAUACAUGAAGGUACACACAAAAAAACAUCUCACACUCAGAUGUUUAAUUGGUCUGUUCUAUUUUCUUCUAUUUACAUGCGAGCAAACCUCACCUGCUUCUGCGAUAGCAUGAACACUUCACUUUGAUUGCGGCUAUUUUUUUUUUUUUUUUACUAUUGGAGUGGACAUAUUAGUACUUACAAUUAGCUGGUUUUGAUUUCUCAUGAUGAAAAUUCUCCUGCAAAUGAAGCUUUUGGUAUGACCCCAGUGUUACGACUGAUUGUAUUUGUGAUUUAGUGUGAUAUUGUGAUAUUGAAAGUACUGCCAUUAACACCUGAGGUGCUCUUACUUUUCAAGACUUACUGCUUACUAUUCAUCGUCGUUAAUCCUACAUUACUGGUACAAUUUCUGGUGUGAACCUCAGUAAGUUGUUGAAGUUAACAGUAGUUCUUUAGCUGAUGCUACAGAGAUCACCUGUAGCUGCUUACCAUUCAGCAUCCUUCCUGGUAAUCACUUAUUUACAUUUAUGUGGGGAUGCAAAUCUACCAAAAACAGAGAACAGUGAUUAACCUGUGCCAAUCCUUUAUGGGAAAUGUGUUAUUUAUUCCAACAUAACACCUCUGCUCUUUUCAUUUUACCAUGUCUGUAUGAAGAACUGAUGAUUUUACUACUACUGUUUUAGGCUGAAACCACUGUCAUGAGUUUCUUUUUUAACUGCCUGGGAGUUUUACACUAACUGUUAAAGAGCAUGCUGUGAAACUGAUGUCUAGUCCACUAAAUCCAAUAGCACCAUAUGUGACUGCAGCGGGCGAGUUAACACAGCAUGCACAACAAGUUUGGUGUGUCUCAGUGUGUGCUCACUAUGGUUUUUGGCAGCAGGAGUUUAAGGGGAUGGUGAUGGGCUCUGUUACAGUGGCCUUAUCUCUGUUGAAUUCCUGUUUGAGGCCAAUUACCAUGACAACAUCCUCAGUAUGUGUAUGUAUACUGUACUGUAAAUACUCUGUAUACUGUACAUGUUAAAGCCCCUGAUGUUUGAGACCGUGUUGUUUCUCAAUGUGAUUGUAAGUGAAAGUUGAGGAAAUGACAUCAGGAGGUGAUUCAACCUUCCUCUACAGACAUUUGCGUAUGGGCAAGUGGACAGUGAUGAAACAUGGAAAGAAUUCCUUUUGGGAGGAGAGGCUUGUACGCCAGUAAACACUGACUCUCUUAAACUUUCUCUGUCUUUCUUUUGACUGUCUCACUCUACUCGCUCGCUGUCUCCCACCCUUUGCUAUUCCCUUAUAGACGAUUCUGGGCUAAUUUAUGGUCAUGAUAUCAUACAGUCUGGCAAACACUGUGGAUGUGAUGGCCCGCCAUUAAACUGUGACACUCGGUAGUAUAUUUUAUGGAGAGCUGCUGGCUGGAUGGAGGCUGAUGGCUGCAAAGCAUCCAGCUCUUGAUUUGAACACAGAUAACUUCACAAGUCCAAUACGCUGUGAUAAGUACAAAGUCAGCCACUAGUUUCAAGGGCAGUUUAGUCAUCCUCUCACUGUGAUUUCAGAUUAUUCUUUUGUUGUACAUAUGAGACAACCCUUCCCCCCACAGAUUAAAAAUCUUUGAAGAGUUA